AUGUUAGAGCAAGGGUGGCACAAUAUUGCAGCAAUUGAUAUCUCACGACGCGCGACAGACAAAUCCGUUCUCAUUUUCCAACAACGUGAACCGAAACGUUGUCCAAUCAUGUGCCUUAGCUUAACUGAUGCUGACAAAUUGCGUCUAAUUAACAUGCCUACCCAGCUGGUUGACCUCUUCAAACAAAUUCUCCUUAGUCGAUGGCCGAAGGGAAUCCAGGAGGAAAAAGUCAUGAAUCUAAGUUUCGGCAGUGUCCGUCAAAUCAAGCUGAAAGGCUGGCCUUGGAAUGGAGGGUUGAAUAACGAUGCUUAUCAUAUCCGAAGCUUUCUUUGUAAUAUCAUCGAGGCUUUUGCCGGACAAGGUUGGAGAGUGCUGAUAGCCGGUGAUGUUUCUGCCAAGUAUAUUCACCAAGAUAAAGGCCCUGAUUACCCGAUAGAUGUUCACAGUUUGUGGUUUAUAUAUGAACCCAACACGACCCAGCAACCCACCGCCCCAUCGUACGGGUUCAGCGUCUCGUCCCCACCGUAUGGUGUUGGUGUGCCGCAAGGCAUGCCUUCUGGAUACGGGGUGCCUCCAGCAACCGCACCAUACCCACCGACCGGCCAGCCUUCAGGAUAUGGGCUGUACCCUAACCCGAACGAGCCACCUCCCACCUAUAACCAAGCUACAGGAUGGAGUGGGGAGAAAAGCUGA